UAACAUUCCUGAACUGUUAUCUGCUAUUGAUUCAUCUUUAGUGGAGAAUGGCAUGCCAAGAGAUGAUAUCCCAACUGAUGAUGUUUAUGAUGAAUUAACCGAACCAUCCACCUAUAACAUCAAACAAGAGCCCAAUGAUACGGCUUAUCCAAGCAAUGAUAUGUACGACGACUAUUUAGUUCCACAAGAGACAGAUUUUGAUAAUGACAUUAAUCCAACUGAAAAAAAGAACAAAACAGGUCGUAAAAAGCGUAAAGCUGAUGAAGAUGAUGAUUGGACUCCUGGACAGAAAUACAAAGCAGACAAAACACAGAAGAAGACCCCAAAGAAGAAGCAGGAAGUCAUUGAUUAUGAUGAUGAUGAGACUGAUGAAUAUGAGGAUGAUAGUAUGGUCGAUGAUAUUGAAGAUCCAGAUUUUGUCAUUGACAGAGAAAUCCCAUUGACAGAGAAAUCCUAUGAAAAGAAGCCCGGAGGAAGAUUUAAAAAAAAGUAUAAGAAAAGGUGCACAGAUUGUGAAAAAUCUUUCUCAUCAAGACCUGAAUUGAUUGAACACAAGAAGAUAAAGCAUCAGAAAUAUUGUUGCAUCAAUUGUAAGGUGCCACCCUUUGACUCCCAGGAACUCCUUGAUGAACAUCUCACACAACAUGAACGUGGUAUGAAAUUCAAAUUCAAAUCACAAAAGCAAACGGGAAUUUAUAAAUGUCAGAGAGGCUGUGGAAAGAAGUUCAUGACGCAAGAUGAGUUCAAUAAUCAUGUUGAAGAAGAGCAUGGUUGUAACGUUUGUCCCAUAUGUAACAAUGCCAGAUUUAAAACGCAAGAGGAAUUAGAGAGGCAUAUAGUAAUACACAAAGGUAAUCAUGUGUGUAAACGCUGCAACGAUCACUUUGAUACCAGAGUGAUGUUAGGGAAACACAAGGAGGAGAAACAUGGCAUGUUUGCU